AUGACGAUAGCCGACCUUAGCCCGGCUGAAUUCACUAACCUGGUCCGCAAUGCUGCUGCUCACAAGGCCCUCGUCAAGGGAAAGGAUGCUAGGCAUCUCGAGCAACUUAGGAAAGGACUGGCUGGUACUGCUGUUGCCAUGAUGUUCAGCAAGAGGAGUACCAGGACCCGUGUAUCGACCGAAGCCGCCGUCUCGCUUAUGGGUGGCCAUGCCAUGUUCCUGGGCAAGGACGAUAUCCAGCUCGGCGUAAAUGAGUCGCUAUACGACACAUCCGUCGUCAUCUCAUCCAUGACAUCGUGCAUGGUUGCCCGAGUAGGGCCUCACUCCGAUGUAGCCACCCUCGCGGAACACUCCUCCGUGCCCGUCAUCAACGCCCUUUCGGAUGACUUCCACCCUCUCCAGGCCAUCGCCGACUACCUCACCAUCCAUGAAAACUUCCCCUCAUCAAAUCCUUCGGACCUUGGUCUCUCUGGGCUCAAAAUCGCCUGGAUCGGCGACUCUAACAACGUCCUCUUUGACCUCGCCAUCGCCGGCGUCGAGCUCGGUGCUACGGUCGCCGCCGCCUCCCCCACCGGGUACGGCAUUCCCUCCAACAUGAAGGCACUCAUCAACUCCGCCGCUCAGAACUCGCCCACGCCAGGCAAGCUUAUCGAAACCACGGUCCCUGAGGAGGCUGUCAAGGACGCUGACAUCCUUGUCACUGACACCUGGAUCUCCAUGGGCCAGGAGGCCGAGGCUAAGAAGCGCCUGGAAGCGUUUGCAGGCUACCAGAUCACGAACGAGCUUGCCAAGAGGGGCGGCGCCAAGGAGGGCUGGAAGUUCAUGCACUGCUUGCCUAGGCACCCGGAGGAGGUCGAUGACGAGGUAUUUUACGGACCUAGGAGUCUUGUGUUCCCCGAGGCGGAGAACAGGCUUUGGGCUGCCGUUUCUGCCAUUGAGGGCUUCGUUGUGAACAAGGGAAAGCUCUAA